GGAGGCCCACUUCCUGUUUGGAUCGCUCUGAUUGGCCGAGUCUAACCGCACAGGCUCAUGGGAAAGCGCGAUGUUCAAAUUUGUUUCCGGUUUGGUUCGGGUACUCCAGACAUGGAGCGACAUCGUAGCAGUGGGGCGAGGACUCCCCUCAACAGUGCUUUAGUUCAGAGGAGGAGCAGAAGCAAGAGCUACCGGCUGUCGUACCGAAGCUGCUUAGGUGCGGCCUCGCGCCUCGGCCUGACGCCGGCGUUGACGGCGCGGAGGCUCAACACCAGCAGAAGAGCUCCAAAGUCACAUAAUAUCAGUGAGAAAGUGAGCGUGGAGCAGCUGGCCUUGCUGUUGAAAAAGGAAUGGAAGCUGUCGUACGUCACCCCUCUGUACAGGUUCAGGCACACGCAGAUGAGGGGCUACUCCAGGCAGCUGUCGGCAUUCAUCGCUGCGGAGAAGCACCAAGGCCUGGCGGUGGACGUGGAGGCGGCACAGGGAAGCUUCAGAGCGUCCUUCUCUGUGAUCCAGGGGAUGACGGAGACGGACGAUGACGCUGAGACCAUCCUCAUACAGAUCCAUUCAAAGUCCUCGUUUCCAGGGCAGGACGAACCUCAGAGGGCGCUGUGGAGCGGCUGGCUGACCUGCGUCUACGGAAACCCGGAGUACCUGAACUCGCUCCCCAAAGACUUCACCUGCCUGCCGCUGUUCUGCAGCAGCGGCUCCGAGGUCCUCACGAACGCGGUCAAGUCCUGGUUCCAGCUGACGUUCGACUGCUGCUUCGGGCCGCUGGAAAUCAGCCACACCAGUCUGCAGUGGCUGGUGGCUCUGUGGACCAACUGCCACGCCGAGUGCAACAUCCAGCACCUGAAGAUGAUCUGGAGUGUUCCGGUCGUGCCGCCACUGCAGAUCACGUACACGGUGGACGGCCAGGACGCCUGGGAGCUGUGGAACAGCUUGAGGAGAGAUCCACAGGAGGAGGGCGAGGGAGGGAAGGAUGAGGAGGCGGGGAGCAACAUUGACAUCAUGGAGGUGGAGAGGUUCAUGCAGGGGCUGAAGGGCCACUUCUACAGACACUUCAGGCUGGAUCUGUCAGCGGGGAGUCUGAAACAGGUCUCCACAGCUCUGGGCUUGGCCAAGUGUAACGGCAGGAUGAAGAUCUCAAACAGCAAAUACAUGAUCGCGACCCUGACGUUACUGACCGAGUGUGCCCUCCUCAAAAUGCCCAUGUGACUUAUAAAGACACUGCAAAAACACUACCAGGAACCAGGAACCCAUGACGAAAGCAGCCUUUUCUGACACCCUCUUUGUUUUUUUUUGGUUUUUAAAUAAAGUUUUUUUUCA